CAUUCGGUAGACGUGGCAGUCAGCCGUUAAGCCAAGGUCGUGUGCCAGAGACUGAGGGCCGAGGAUGAAAGCCAGAGCCUGCGUUGCGCUGCUGGGCGCACAGCUCGCAGUGACAUCUGCUGCGCCGAGUGUGGUAGCGAACAAUCAGAACGAGCAACAGAUCACUUUCGCGCUACCGACUGCGCAUCAUCCCUCGAGCUCCCAACUCGUCGAUCAUAGCCACGACCUCUUCUUGCGACUAGACUCUUCAGAUGCAAGCAUGAGUCAACAGACUGUGCAAGAGGCCAUCGCAUCGCUCGAAGAUGAGGCAGAUCUACUGCAAGCUUCACAGUCUCACUUUGUCGUCAGACUGCCCCGCAAAUCCACAGAAGCACGACAUCUACCUCACAGUCUCGAGGCUCUGCGUGACACGUUUACAAUGAGCACUUCGACCAACCCAUUCGAGAACGCGACUGCGCAUUUAGAGACCGAUCCUGGCGAUAUUCAUUCCAUCUUCCACCCACCCGAAGCUAUCAAUUCGAUACUGAGUAUGCUAGCAUCAGACUAUCCAGCGCUUGCGAGGGUCGUCAAUCUGGGCAAAUCAUACGAGGGUCGGGACAUUUUGGGCCUCAAGAUUAGCAAUUUCGAGCACGAUCAUCCUCACAGCUCGGGCGGACCUCCAUGCCACAAGAGAGGCCACCAUCGCCACAGUCAUGGUCACGGACGCCAUCAUCAGCGGCAUCAUCGCCACCAUCAUCGCUCUGGCUUUGUCAAGCACCACUGGCAUCACACAAAGCAUGCAGUCAGAUCGUUCUAUUACGCUCUCAGAAGCCGACUCGGCCUGUCAGUAGCAGAGGAAUACCUACAUGGUGGCCACAGGAGGCAUCGACAUCCUCGCCGAGAAUGGAGUAAGAAAGCUGUCCGACGGCAGAAAGGCAGACACGGCUACCCGGACAAGCUAGGCUUCCUCGUCACCGGCGGUGCCCAUGCUCGCGAAUGGAUCGCUCCCUCGACGGUGCUCUACAUGGCCUCUGAGAUCUUGCGAGAAGCUGCUUCGACCGAAGUGUCGGCGAAAUUGCAGCGUAUCCUCAAUGUGUUUGAGAUCACAUUCGUGCCUACUGUCAAUCCCGACGGAUACUCCUAUACGUUCACGGACGAUAGGCUAUGGAAGAAGACUCGCCAGCCAGUAGGACAGGACUGCUUCGGCAUUGACAUCAAUCGUAAUUUUGGCUAUCACUGGGCACAGCCCUAUCGGCCAAACCCAUGCAACGAAGUCUUCCCAGGCUACAGGGCGUUUGACUCCGUCGAAUCAUUGCGUAUCGCCGACUACGUCUUAGACGAGGCCAACGAUGUGACGGCCUAUCUGGAUGUACACUCGUUCGGACAGCAGCUCAUGUUCCCAUUCAGCUAUUCCUGCGAAGUGCAGCCUGGCGAUGCAGAGAAUCUGUACGAGGCUGCGCUCGAUACUGCCAAGGCGAUUCGCUCGGUACACGGCUCAGUCUUUGAGACGGGAAGCCGGUGUGAGAUCUCUUACACUGCUGCUGGCGAUUCACUCGAUUGGACGUAUGGCGCAGCUGGCGUUGUCUGGUCAUACGCUGCCGAACUACGUGAUCUGGGCGUCUACGGCUUCCUUCUGCCGCCGGAAGAGAUCAAGACUGUCGGACAAGAAUCGCUUGCAGGUCUGCUAGAUCUGGCUGCUUUCGUGGCUGCCAAAGAGGACGGGCAUCUGGAGAGCUGGGAGGAGCGCAAGCGGAAACGCGCCAUGGCGCGAGAUGAGAUGCCGCCGACUCAGUGAGCUUUGUAGUCCGUUUUCUGAUUGUUGCACGCUUUGGGAUUUUGUGCGUGCUGCGUCGCGACUGGCGCAAAGAGACAGCUCGUCAAGGU